CACCUGUAUCACGUGAUCAAGGUUUACAUUUCCGGGAUUUUCUAAAUUUUUAUAGUUUUGUAGUUUGAAACUGACAGUGGCCUAAAUUAUGACUUGACCAUAAAUAUGAUCCGUCUUUGUUAUAUUUUACUAACAGUUGUGUCAUUUUUGUAUUUAUUAUAUUACGUAAAUGGAGCAUUUACGCAUAAAUACAAUGUGUUGGUGAGAUGUAACCACGGGGAGGUUGAGGGGUUCUCUAUACCGUCUCAUUACGCUGCCUUCGAUAAACAAAGGAUAAAUGUUUUCCUUGGAGUUCCUUAUGCCAAGCGGAUAUCAGAAUAUUCUGACUGGAGGCGACAGUUUCGUUUCAAUAAACCAGAAAAGCCAUCAUGGACAGGAGUGUGGGAUGCCACCUAUUACAGACCUGCAUGUCCCCAGUUACCCUGGCUGGUGAAACAGACAGUGCCAGGCUUCAACAGAGCUCAGAACACCAGUGAAGAUUGUCUCUAUAUGAACAUAUUUGUGCCUAAUAAAACAGAUGAGAGACCUGUGGCAAAUCCUCCACUGUACCCGGUCAUGGUGUUUAUCCACGGUGGAGGCUGGACAAUGGGUGCCUCCCAACAGUACCCCGGGGUGUUUCUGGCAGAACGUAAAGUGGUAGUUGUUACUUUCAACUACAGACUUAAUGCACUUGGAUUUAUGAGCACGGGUGACCAGUUUUCUCCUGGGAACUUCGGUUUGUGGGAUCAGCAUAGAGCUCUUGAAUUUGUAAAAGAGAACAUUCGUUAUUUCCGAGGAAACCCAGGGAUGGUAACCAUAGUUGGUCAAAGUACGGGGGCAGCCAGUGUUGGACUGCAUUUGUUGUCGCCGAGGUCCUAUAAUUUAUUUCAUCAAGCAAUUAUGAUGUCAGGGUCUGAUCGAUGUAGAUGGGCAGUUAUACCAAGUAUUGAAGAUGCGAAAACAUAUGCACGAGAGUUAGCACAUGAGAUCGGGUGUCCAACUGGGGAUAAUCAACGUCUGGUUACCUGUAUGCAGUUGUACAGGACAGCAGACGAGAUAGUAAAUGCAUCAGCUAGAGUCAGGGUGAAGCAAGGUACAGUAGGAAAUCCAUGGGGACCAGUGGUGGAUGGUCCACAUCAGGGGUCACAGUAUGCAUUCCUAACAGAUCCCCCCAAGUCUAUGAGGGAGCAGGGGCGGUUCCAGAGACUGCGGGUUAUGGCAGGACUAGUCAAAGAUGACGGAUCAUAUUUCAUUCCCAACAUGCCUUCCCUGGAGUCAGGAAUGUCGCCCACACAGUUUGAUAAUAUAUUACUUGAGUUUUUGCGAGACCGAGGUGUAGCUGACAUGAUUAAUGGAAUGGAAGCGUUGAGAUUUGAAUAUUCCUACUGGCCACAGAGACAGAACUAUUCCUGGAUCAGACAGGAGGCUAUAGAAAUGAUGUCAGACUAUUUGUUUGGUACUGGUAUGGAUGAAUCAAUCCGAGCCCAGAAUCUAUACAACAAGACAUACUUAUACGUAUUCAACUAUAAAUCUAGAUACGACUUUCUACCAACAUGGAGAGGUAUAGCCCAUGGACAAGAGUUACAGUACUUGUUUGGUUUCCCAUACAUAAACAAGACUUACACAGAUCUCUUUGGUGUGUAUCCCAGACAGGAGUACGACAUAGACUUCAGUGAUAGAAACAUCAGUGAAUACAUGAUCAGCUUGUUCACUAACUUUUCUGACUCAGGAAAUCCGACAGACACAAAGUUUUCAGUCAGUAAUUUUGCCAAUGUUUCUUGGCUUGAAUAUAAUCUACAGAAUCAUUCUUACUUAGAAAUUGGAAAUAAAUCUAGAAACAACAUAAAUUACCGCCAGAGAAAUUAUGCAUUUUGGCGGGAAUACUUCUUAGCUGUCUCAAACAGGGAUAGUGGGUUUACAACACAAGCCCCACUCAGUCCUCAUGCCUCGAUGUACGAGUACGCCACGUGGUCAGUGACAGCAUUAGCUAUUGUGUUAAUUAUUAUUGUGACAGCUCUAGGAAUUGUCAUAUGUAGAAUGAGACCACGAGAUUACUAACGGCAGGAUGUCUGCUUGUUUUACAUGCUCAUUGUUAGAACCUGUAAAAUAUCGUAGCAAACUUUCACUGGUUGAAAGUGUGGAUUGGAGUACCCGGCUUAAGGAUCAACUUCUCGGGCAGUACAAAGCUCCUGCCAAAGCAACCAGUGCCAGAUUCUCUUUCUUGUGACAGCUGUAUUCUACAAAUUAAGAAAAGAACAGAAACCAAACAACUGAACUUUUUAGUACUAUUUUUGAUUGUAGUAUAUGACUUUAGCACUAUUUUUAAGAAAAAGUAGAGCUAUUGCACUCUCGCGUCGGCGUCGCCGUUGGUCACAGUUUUUGAUAGUCAAAUAUCUCUGUUACUAUCAAAGCUAUUGACUUGAAACUUAAAAUACUUAUUAACCAUCAAAGUCUACAUGAGGAGAAACAUUCCCCAGAACUCUGAUUUGAAUUUGACAGAAUUAUGCCCCUUUUUAACAUCGAAUUUUUUGUUAAAAUUUUUGAUAAAGCGAAAUAUCUCUGUUACUAUUAAAGAUUUUGACUUGAAAAAUUAAAAAAGUUAUUGACUAUCAAAGUCUACAUGAGGAGACGCAAUUCCCAUAAGUCUGAUUUGAAUCUUGACAGGAUAAUGCCCCUUUUCAACUUAGAAUUUUUGGUUAAAGUUUUUGGUAAAGUCAAAUAUCUCUGUUACUUACAAAGCUUUUGACUUGAAACUUAAAAUACUUAUUUACACUUAAAGUCUACACCAGGAGAAACAAUCCCCAUAACUCUGAUUUGAAUUUUGACAGAAUUAUACCCCUUUUUAACUUAGAAUUUUUUGUUAAAAUUUUUGAUAAAGUGAAAUAUCUCUGUUACUAUUAAAGUUUUUGACUUGAAACUCAAAAUAGUUAUUCAGUAUCAAAGUCUAAACCAGGAGACACAAUUCCCAUAACUCUGAUUUGAAUUUGGACAGGGUUAUGUCCCUUUUUAACUUGGAUUUUUUUUUACAGGCAAAGCUCUAAUUCAGAGUCAAGCACUGAGAAAAGUGGAGUGCGCUGUCUUACGGACAGCUCUUUUUAUAUAGAAGUGUAUAAAUUUAGUAAUAAUUGUCUUGGUUAGAAUGAAUGAAUUAUGACUUAUUUAUUCUAUAUAAUGUCAUCUAUAGAAUGUACAUGUAUGUUAGGUUUGGUUUUAAAAGCCAGACAUCAUGACUUCUAUAUCUUCUCUGUACCAAACUUUAUAAACACUUGCGGUAUUUUUUACAAAGAAGAUAGAAUUACAAUUUUAGUAUGUCUUUUUUUAAUGUAUAUUUUUAAAUUUUUAAAUUUUUAAUGGUAUAAUUUUUCAUUGUGUGUUUUACCUUUUAGUUUUAUUCCGUUUCUUUUACAAGAAUUAAACUUCUGUUGUUUAACCCUUAUCAUGCUGGACACGAAUUCUGCCAUUGCAACAAGUACAGAUAAUGAGCAGCCUGCACAUCUAUGCAGUCUGAUCAUGACCUGCACUGUUUGCUGUUCAGUCAGUAUCUUUUUGGUAUGCACCCCUUCUAACAGUCAGUGGUACUGUCCAAAUUGUAAGAUCAAUAAAAAUGUAACUUACACAUUUUGAUUUGGUUUGAAAAUGUUGAAUAUUUUAGUAUGGUUAUUAAUUUCCCAUGAUAUUUUUACUUUUCUUGAAGAUAUUUUUGGAAGAAGGGUGUACCUUUUACUUAAAAAAUUGCAGUUCAUCAUACCAAAGUAGAACUAUUUAAUAGUGAUUAAUUUUAGAUUAUUUUAAUAAUUACAUGUAUGAUUUUGUACAUAGUGAGUUGUUAAUACAUAUCACUUUUGCUUGUAUAGAUCAUUGUAUAUACAUAACCAUGGUAACAGUGAUUACCAUGUAAAUUGAAUUUGCUCAGGUUUUAAGGCUUUGAAUCAUCCAAAUCAGGUAGUAAUUAAUCAGGGCCUUCAUUAAUUGAUUUGUAUAAAAGCACAUAGAUAUUGUUGUGUAGGAUACUAUUCUGGCUUUUGGACAAGGGGACGACCUGAGCAUGAAGUGUCCAGGCUGAGCUAUUGUGAUCAUGCACCUUCUAUCUGUCCACACUUUUCUUUAGAUAAAAUCUCCGCUAAAACUAAUGUUCAGAAUUGCACCAAACUUGGUCAACUUUUAUCAAGUUUACUCAAAUGAUUCAACUGGGCACCGUUUAGUGGCUUCCAGCGCUAGAAAUAGAAAUAAACUUUUAAACUUCUUCACAUGAUAAGCUUGAUGGAUCUUCAUCAAACUUGUUCUGAAAUAUCAUUUUAAAGUCCUCUCAAAAGUUUGGUCAGAUGGGGGCACUUCGCCACAUUUAGAGGCAACGAAAGCUAAAAAUAGAAAAUACUUUUAACAACUUCUUACCACGAAAGGCUUGAUGGAUCUCCAUUAAACAUGGUUUAUAGCAUCUUUAUACGGUUCUCUCCUUAUUUUCUUUACAAAUGGGGUUGCCGUACCUCUGUAAGAUGCAGCUACAGCUAAAAAUAGAAAUACAUUUAAACAGCUUCUCAUUAAGUGCUUGUUUGAUACAAUGUUCUCACCAAACUUGGUUUGUAAUAUCAUUCUAUGGUCAUCUCUAAAUGUCUUCAAAAUCAAGGUGGUUGCCCCUUAUUAGGGACCACUAGAACUAAAAAUACAAAUACCUUUAAACAAUUUCUUCUCGUGAACUGUUUGGUAGAUAUUCAUUCAAUUUGAUCUGUAGCAAAAUUGUAAGGAUCCUCUCGAAGUUUUUUUUCAAAUGGGAGUGGUGCUUGACUCUUAGUGGCCACUAGAAGUAAAGCAUCAUUUUAAGGUCUGCUUUUGUAGUUUGUUAAAUGGGGGGGGGGGGGUGCGGCUGCUACAGUUAAAAAUACAAAUUCUCUAGAAAGGCUUCUUCUCAUGAACUGCUUGAUCAAUCUUACCAAACUUGGUCUGUAGCAUCAUUGUAAGGUUUUCUUAUAAACAUUUUCUGAUCCCUUUUUGGAGCCACUAGAGCUAAAUAUAGAAAUUCUGUUAAGCAACUUCUUUUCAUUCACUUCAGGAUUUAAGUAACUUUCCAGAACAACAUUGGCCUGCUCCAAUUGUCUGUGUGUAUUUUUCCAACUAGUUUUAAAGACACAAGGAGCAUUUAGUGUUUUAGAUGUUUGUCAUCUGUCACACUAUUUUAUGUACGGUAAUCAACCUCUACUGUCUCUCGAACUUCCAACACAUGGUGCAUUUUAAAGUCCUCGUUUAAGCUCUAAAACUCUGGCGAGAGAUCUUUGGCCAUCAUGUCCCUUUUGUUUCAAAACAGGUUUGACAUAAAUAAUGAUAAUUUUUGAAUUGAUAUAUAGGGACGUAAGAACAGACCUUGAUUUGAGGUAUUCUUACAUUGACAGUAUGUAGUCAACAAGCAUGUCAUGAAACUUCAUUCCUGAUAUUUUGACUCUUUGAUUAAUCAAGUCAUCACUUGUACAUUUUAGGAUUACACCAUGAGUAAUUGAAUCAUUGUGUUUUUAUCCUGCAAUAUAAGGCAUUGAUAUUGUGCACAGUCUUUUCAUUUUUUUUUAAACUAACUUGUAAUUUUUUAUUUCUUAUUUCAUAGUUUACAUUUAUAAAUACACUAAUAAAGUCAUGACAUCACAGA